CACAACUCAAAGCAAAAAAAGAUGCCAUUGACUGAAGGACCGGCUCCCGAAAAGUGUGUGAAUACUUUAAAAGACGAAAUGGACAGCAGCGAGGACAAGGAGUGCACGCAGGAAAACAGAAAUGGACCGGAAUCAAAGGUAGCCGAUGCGGUCGCAAUCAGUUCCGAUGCAAGCAAUGCUCAGGAGCCAAAAUUUUAUGGCAAAGCGCAAAAAUAUUGGUCGGGAGUGCCAGCCACAGUCAACGGGAUGCUGGGAGGCAUGGGAUACAUCAGCGCCACCGAUAUACAGGGCUCCAACAACUUCCUACGCGAAAUAAGGGUGCCGGGAAACAAGCUGGCGUUGGACUGCGGAGCCGGUAUUGGCCGCAUUACUAGACACCUGCUAAUACCUCGCUUCCAUUGCGUGGAUCUUGUGGAGCAAGACCCAGCUUUUGCCAACAAGGCCCGGGAGUACUGCACAACUGAAAACACGCCAGUCGGCAGCUUGGGGGAGAUCUACAACGUUGGACUACAGAAAUUCACUCCCACAAAGAAAUACGACCUCAUCUGGAGUCAAUGGGUCUUAGGACAUCUCACUGAGCUGGACUUGAUCGACUUCUUUCGACGCAUCCGGCAGGGACUGGCGCCGGGCGCUUUCUUUGUCCUUAAGGAGAACGUAACCAAAUCAAAGGAGAUAAUCGUUGACGACGAGGAUUCCUCAGUUACUCGACCUCUGGAGCACUACGAUAUCUCGUUAAAGGCGGCUGGAUUUCGGAUUGUGCGGAAAGUGCGCCAGCAAAACUUUCCAAAGGACCUUUAUCCAGUUUACAUGAUCGCCUGUAAGCCACUCUCUUCGGCUUAAAUUCAAAAUAUAGUUACUACGGUACAAGAGAAAUUGUACCCAGAAUCCAAUACCACAAUUUUAGCUAGUCAGACAAAUUUCUAAAUUAUAUUUGUAUAGCUUAUAGAGACAAAUAAAUUUAUCAAAUGACCAAGCCGGGUCACAAACUCGCAAA